CCUACGGGUGCCACAAUGGAGUUGAACGAGGCCAGCCCACCCGGGCGAAGCAAAUUCCGCCUUUGCAUUAUUAUGAUAGCGCUUUCGUUAUCGAUGUUUAUUGCUGCACUAGAUCAAAGUAUCAUGGCCACUGCGAUUCCAACAAUUGCUGCACGGUCUGGCAGCGCUUCCGGGUAUAUUUGGAUAGGUGGCGCAUAUCUUCUGGCAAAUGCAGCAUCAGCAUGUAUUUGGGCUAAGCUUUCUGAUAUUUGGGGUCGAAAACCCCUCUUACUCCUAGCAGUCGGACUUUUCUUUGUGAGCUCAAUUGUAUGCGCGACGGCGAUGGGAAUAGAUAUUCUCAUUCUCGGUCGCUCUUUGCAAGGCGUAGCAGGUGGCGGCUUGCUCCAAAUUGUCACAAUUAUCAUCUCCGAUUUGUUCAGUGUCAGGAAACGGAGCCUACACCUCGGCCUGAUGAAGCUCAUGUGGGCCUUUGCUGCCGGGGUUGGGCCUUUGCUCGGUGGUGCCUUCUCCCAAUAUGUCACCUGGAGAUGGACAUUUUGGAUCAAUUUGCCGGUCUCAGGUAUUGCAUUUGUUCUGAUUUUCUUCUCCUUGGAUGUUCACAAUCUAAAAAUGAAUCUUCUAGACGGCAUACGAGCAAUUGACUGGUUUGGUAGUCUCUUCUUCCUUGGCUUGACCCUUAUGCUUUUGUUAGCGCUAAAUUUUGGUGGUGUGACGCUUGCCUGGGGAUCACCACAAGUCAUUUGCUUGCUUGUUUUUGGGAUUCUAUGUUUUUUGCUGUUCAUUUACAGCGAGAAAAAGAUCGCAAAGUACCCCUUGAUGCCUCUUUAUAUCUUCACUCGAAUUUCAAACACUGCUACGUUGUUGGUGACAUUUGCACACGGGGUUGUCAGUGCUUUCAAACUUGAAAUCCUCAGCUAUACUUUACUGAUAGACAUGCAGGUGUUUAUCGCGGGAGAAUACUACAUACCCCUCUACCUACAAUCGGUUCAUGGAUCCUCACCAAUGAGAUCGGGUAUCCUCGUCCUUCCACUAGUCAUUAUGGAAGCAGUGUCCGGCGUGCUCACUGGCAUAAUAAUAGAUCGCACAGGUCACUAUCUACAUCUGAUCUGGAUCGGCCUAAUUUUAAUGACCGUUGGUAAUGGGCUCUAUAUUAACCGCUCCAGCCUGAGAUGGACAAUGCCAAGCCUGGUAAUUUCCCGGAAAUGUAUCACAAACUGCGAUCAAGUAUGCUGGACCAACUUGCCGGGGACGAAAAGAUAUCCCAUAGACCUUCAUCAAAAAAACGCCUAG